GUAGAUUUGGGGGGCGGGCGUGCCAAGUGGUCCUCCUUUAAGACCUCGUUGCCACAGCAACCUUUGCUGCCGGAAGAAUUCCUCAAGGAUUCCGCCCAUCUCCUCGAGUAUCUCUGUAGUUCGGACUCCCGAGAGCCGUUCCUUUCCUGCCGAAGAUGGCGGACGACGGGAUAACGGAUGGAAAACGGCAGGACGAGCUGGAGGAAGCAGGAGCAACAGGCGGUUCAAGUGGCCCUGGGCGGCAGAAAGGGCCCCGUGGAAGCAGGCGGCCUCCUACCGUCCGGGAUCUGCAGCUGGCACUGGCUGGAUUAUAUGAAGAUGAAAUUAAAAGACAACCACCUCAUUCAGGCAGACCAACCGCUAGAGUUGCCAGUCACCCCCGAUUGCCAGUGCAAAGAAAUUUGAGAAAACCAGAAAGAAGUAUGAGUGAUGACAUGGAUAACCAAAGAUUUUACUCAGGUGAUACAGAAUACAGAAUUGUUGAGUCAUCUGAUAAUAUAACUUCCAGUAAAAUAGUUGAUGAACUUUUCAAAGAAGCAAGAGAACAUGGGGCAGUUCCUUUAGAUGAAGUAUCAAGAGCUUCAGGAGACUGCCAUAAAGCUAAAUCAUUUUCUGGAGGUGGAUACAGAUUGGGAGACUCUACUCGGAAGCAUUCUGAAUAUAUAUAUGGAGAAAAUCAGUAUAGGCAAGAUGUUGAAAUCUUGCUUAAAUUGUGGAGGAAUGGCUUCAGCUUAGAUGAUGGAGAGCUGAGAUCCUACACAGAUCCAGUGAAUGCUCAGUUUCUUGAAUCUGUUAAAAGAGGAGAGAUUCCUGCAGAACUUCAACGACUAGUGCAUGGAGGUCAAGUUAAUUUAGAUAUGGAAGACCAUCAAGAGCAGGAAUAUGUAAGACCUAGACUGAAAUUCAAAGCUUUCAGUGGAGAAGGUCAGAAACUUGGAAGCCUUACUCCUGAGAUUGUUAGCACACCUUCAUCUCCAGAAGAAGAAAAUAAACCCUUUCUUGAUGCCACUGUUCCGAUAGAUGACACUGUACCAACAACUAAGAUUCAGAUUCGUCUAGCAGAUGGUAGUCGUUUAAUACAAAGAUUUAAUCAAACACAUAGGAUUACAGAUAUUCGAAAUUUUAUUGUCCAGUCUCGGCCUUUAUUUGCUACCACUGACUUUGUUCUUCUGACUACAUUUCCACAUAAAGAACUUACAGAUGAAAGCCUGACAUUACAGGAAUCAGAUAUAUUGAACACUGUGAUACUUCAGCAGCUGAAAUAAACUUUAAGCCUAUCAGUGCAAGAUAGGUUCUGGAAACAGAUAAUGUUACAUGUUGAUUUGCAAGAUUGCUUCCAAAUAAAUGAAUGAAAGGACUGAAAGAAAUCCAUCGUUUCCCAGUUAAAUAGACCAAUUGGCUUUUAAACCUGUUCAGUCUUCCAGUAACAAUUAACCCAAAUUACAGGUAAAAAAUAUUCGUUCAACACAUGUUGAAUUUGUAUUCUUCAUAGUUCAACUUUUGUGAAUUCAAGUACUUUUAUGGAAGUGGGGGGAUAGGGAGAAAAAAACUAUUGCCAAAAAAUUUAUAGGAAUAUAAAGUGGCUUUUUGUAUGGGUGGAAUUCAUUUUCUGAAGACUUGUAAAACUUGAACUGUGGAAGAACUUUUCACUGUAUCAGACUGUAGCUUUUGAGAACUUCAGUUUCUUUGUCCCGUUAUGUUACUUAGAAAUAUUUUGUUCAUAGGAAGAUGUCUUCCACUUAUCUAGCAUGAUCUUAAUACGUUCUCUGUGUUGUGCUGGUGAGUUAUUUUGUUCGCUCUAUCAUUCCCUUUUAAUAUCAGUUAUUAUUAACAGUACUUUAAGUGACAGAUUGCAGAAUAGAUACAAAAUAUUUUUUGCUUUUGUUCUGUGGACAAGUUGCCUGUUACCAAAUGUGAACUCCAACUUUUAUGACUAAAGAGUGGAAUAUAGUAGAGUAAUAUGUAUGAUCUUUUUAAAGUAAUGUUUAAGAGGGAAAUAGUGUGUUGUGCUGUAUUAAAUAUGCAAUUGAGGACCAAUUAAUAAAGCCACUUUGCAGUAUCAGAUCUAGACCUGGAUCUGAAUAGCAGUAAGCCAUUAAUACAAACCUUUCAACAACAUGCAUGUUUGUUUUGAGCAAGCAGAUUAGCUUCCUCCACUGAAAAUUAUUACAGAAGUUUGAUCAUUGAGCUUUGGAUAUCACAAAACAUCUAGAUUACAGGUUAAUUUGUAUGGCUGGUUGCUUCUUCAAGCCAUGCAAAUCAUUUUCCAAAAACACAAAUCAUGAUUUUACCAACCUCAAAAAUCCAACUUAAGGAUUUUAGUGGCGUGCCAAAUUGUAACCUGUGUUUCUGGUUAUCCUCUAAUGUAAAUAAUAAGAAAGAAAAUGUGCACACAUGGGAUGUGCAGAUCAGCUUGGAAUUCCAUCCACAGGUAUGGAAACCUGGAUUAAAAUUCCACUUGUGGCAUUUUAAAAGAGAAGAAAUAGAACCACUUUUGAAAAAGUAGUGACCACAAAUGCUUAGCUAUCAAGGCAGAGCAAAAUUUAUGGACACAAUUGUUCUACAUACAAAUUCCACUCUUCCCAAUAAAUACUUGUAUAUAAAAAUGUCUGAAACUUUGAUGACAUGUGAUAAUACAUCACUCUGUAUUUAACUGUAUUGCACUUGUAUCUUCUAAUCACAAUAUAUGAAUCUUUGGUGAAUACAUUGUUUACAGUAUCAUAUCAUUUGGCCAGCAUAAUUAUUUGACCAGCAUAGUUUCAUUUAAGCUUAUAAAAGUGUUAUCAAAUGUUAACUAUUUUUAGAGGCAGUCUUUCAGAGUGCCUGUUCAAACUACACAACUCAUUCAGUGAUUCAUAUUUAAAAACAAAAUAUUUCUCUGCCUUUUUAAGCUAGGAUGAUGAAAAUAUAUUCAAAGAUUUAAAUUCCUCAAUUUGGUGCCCAGCAAUCCAAGCAUAUCAAGAAGGGAGGUUGCCUUUAGAUUAGGAUGUAAUGCUUGACUGUAAAAUUUAAGUUGGGUUAGCUCUGGAUUUCUACAAAUCAAUAAAAUUUGUUUUAACCUCUUGCCUUGUAAUUGACACAGACUACUUUAGUUUUCAAAGACAUAAACAUUUUUUAAGUGAAAAGAUGUUGAAAUGAAAGCAAGAUUUUUAAAGUAGAAUAUGUGCAUGAUUUAACUAAUAAUAAAUUUCCAUUAUGUGGUAAAUAAUAAAGAAUGUGUUUAAAUUACAGUGCU